AUGAAUAAUUGGUAUGAAAUUUUUAUCGAAAAUAACCAUAUUAUUACCAAAAAUAGAAGUAGAAAUUUCAGAAAAUUCACGGCAACGGAAGAUGUAAGCUAUUCCUCACAUACAUCGCGGUCAUCUUUUCGAUCUGAAUCCGUGACUCAAAAAACAAACCAUUGCGGGCGAAGCACAUCGUCAGAGAUUAUAUCCAGUUCGGAAACACGAUCAUUACCUGUUUAUAUAGCGAUUCAUGAUUAUACGCCAGAACCUAAUGAUUCUGAUUCUGUCGCCCUUGAGCAGGGACAAAUAGUUGAAGUCCUUGAUAAAAAAAAUGCUUCUUCAUGGCUAAUAAGAACGAAGGCUCGCCCGCCGAAAUCAGGUUGGGUCCCUGGCUGCUUUUUCGAGACACCGACGGAAUACUAUAAGCAACGAAGACGAACUCGCGAAAUAUCUGAAGCAGAGAUGAAUAUGUCGGAGGAGCAACAAGCCAUUAUGAAACGCGACCAAGUUUACCAUGAUCUCUUGCGAUCCGAGGAAGAGUUUGUCGAAGGCUUGCGUCAUGUUGUUGACAAUUACAUACGCACUUUUGAAGAUGAGUGGGUUCCACAGCAAAUCAAGAAAAUCAAAGAAGAUUUAGCCUCUAAUAUCAAAGAGCUAUACAAUUUUCAUGCCAAAUAUGUGGUGCAAGAAUUUGGAAAAUCGGCCAAAUUUUUGGGAUUUGCACCAAUGACAAGACUUACAUUGGUAUCAAAUAAUAUAGGAGGCGUUUUGCUGAAAGGUCUUCAAUAUUAUUCCGAUGAUCCAGGUAAGGUUGGACAGACAUUCAUUCGUUUAGAGAAGGAUUUCGAUCAUCAUGUUUAUUUCCAUGAAAAAAUGCCGUCUUUACUGAAAUGUUUGGCAGAUGCAACUGUUAACGAAUUCAUUCAGGUUUCUGUUUAA